AUGCAGCACACGGGCGACCACGACCAGAGGAGCGGUAAGCGCAAGUCGAUCGGCAAGAGGAAGCUUCCUGAUCAAGGAGAGACAUCGCAUCCACCGUCGCAAAGGACCCUCUCUGAGCUUUUAUCAAAGAAUAAACACGCAUACGAAUCCCUGCCCUCAUCUUCCUCCCCGGUCUCAAAGCGAUCUCGUCUCUCCAUCUCCCCCUCCCGCCGGUCGCCAGCUCAAACCGUCUCACCCAAUAAGAUGUAUAACUUCUCCGGAUCCCCGCCCAAGAACGGCAACGCUUUUGUUCGAGCUCUUCCUGGACAGAGUACUGCCUCGGCCAAAGGUCAACCAUUGAACCUGAAUAACUCUCGUCAAAAUAAUUUCGGCCCCAAUGUCAGUGCCAAGAAGCUUGUCGUUAAGAACCUCCGCACUGCUCCUCGUGGGAAUAAUGAGCCGUAUUUCGACAGGAUAUGGCAGCAGCUUGAUAAGGCCUUGACGGAGAUUUUUGACGGACAGAAGCCCAGUACCUCACUCGAGGAACUCUAUAAGGGCGCGGAGAACAUAUGUCGGCAGGGUCGUGCGACUCUUCUGGCGAAGAAUAUCCAAGACAGAUGCAAGGAAUACGUUUCGGAUAAGCUACGCAACAAUCUGGUGACGAGAGCUGGAGGUGGGAAUGAUGUCGAUACAUUACGCGCAGUGAAUGAGGCAUGGUCCUCCUGGUAUUCAAGACUUAUUCUGAUCCGCUGGGUCUUCUAUUACCUUGACCAGUCAUUCCUCCUCCAUUCAAAGGACUUACCAAUGAUCCACGAAAUGGGACUCGCCCAAUUUCGUUCUUAUGUCUUCGCCGACACAAUCCUGAAGCCCAAGAUCUUACAGGGUGCCUGUGACCUUAUCUCGGUGGAUCGAGGCGCAGAGACUAAGGUCAUACAAGAUACUAGUCUACUUCGAUCUUCCAUUGAUCUUUUCCACAACCUAGAUGUCUACAAUAGCGAUUUCGAGCCGUUGUUCAUCGCUAGUACCAAGACAUUUGUCAGCAGGUGGGCAGCUGCAGAAUCGGAGAAACCACUGGCUUCAUAUGUUGAGAACAGUGACCAAUUGAUCGAUCGUGAGGUAACACGUUGUGGGUUGUACUCUCUUAAUCGCAGCACCAAACAGAAGUUGUCUGAACUUUUGGAUGAGAUCCUCCUCGCAGAGCAUGAGGACCUUCUUCUCAGAGAGAAUGAAGUGAUAGGCUUGAUGCGAUCAGACAACAACGUUGCACUGAAAAAGCUUUAUGGUCUACUCAGUCGACGGAAUCUCGGUAUCAAGCUCAAACCAGCGUUUAGUAGCUUCAUCAAAGAGGAAGGUUCCGGCAUUGUAUUCGAUGAACAGCAUGAAGCAGACAUGGUCAACCGCUUACUCCGAUUCAAAAAGCAACUUGAUACCACACUGUCUGACGCCUUUGAUGGGGACAAUGACCUAGGCAACACCCUCCGUGACGCCUUUGGCCAUUUCAUGAACUUGGGCAAGAAGUCAGAAUCUACGGGUGGCACUGACAACCCUAAGACUGGCGAGAUGAUUGCAAAAUAUGUCGAUCGGUUGCUGAAAGGUGGCUUGAAGGUAGUUACACCUGGUCAAUCGGAUGCGCCACUGGAUGACUCUUUCUCUGAAAUGCGACGGCAACUUGAUCAAGUGCUAGAUCUGUUCCGGUUUGUCCAAGGAAAGGCUGUUUUCGAGGCUUUCUACAAGAAUGACCUUGCGCGCCGUUUGUUGAUGAACCGGAGUGCCAGUGAUGAGGCUGAGAAGGAAAUGCUCGUUCUGCUGAAGAAAGAAUGUGGUUCAAGCUUUACUCACAAUCUUGAGUCGAUGUUCAACGAUAUGGAUGUUGCGCGAGAUGAGAUGGCUGCUUAUAAUUCGAUGCAAAAGCAGCUUGAUCGUAGUAAGCGUUCGCCCAUGGAUCUGAAUGUCAGCGUUCUUUCAGCUGCCUCUUGGCCAUCAUAUCAGGAUGUCCCGGUACAAGUCCCGCCAAACAUCCUGGGCGUGCUUCGCAACUUUGAGACAUUUUACAACAGCAAACACACCGGUCGCAAGUUAACUUGGAAGCACCAACUGGCGCACUGUCAAUUACGAGCUCGUUUUCCCAAGGGUGACAAGGAACUAGUUGUCAGCUCCUUCCAAGCAAUUGUGCUUCUUCUCUUCAACGAUGUCGCAGAGGGCGAUAGUUUGGCAUAUUCGGAUAUCCAGGAGCAAACAGGGCUCUCGGAUCCGGAGUUGAAACGAACUCUCCAAUCAUUAGCAUGCGCCAAGUAUCGGGUGCUGGCUAAGAAUCCCAAGGGGAAGGAAGUUGAGCCAACUGACCAGUUCACAUACAAUCCCAAUUUCACUGAUCCGAAGAUGCGGAUCAAGAUUAAUCAGAUUCAGCUCAAGGAGACCAAGGAGGAGAACAAGUCCACGCAUGAGCGUGUGGCUGCGGACCGGAAUUACGAAACCCAGGCCGCCAUUGUGCGGAUCAUGAAGAGCCGAAAGACUAUUAAGCACUCUGAGUUGAUUGUCGAGGUUAUCGAGGCGACUCGCAACCGCGGCACACUGCAACCUGCGGAUAUCAAGGUUAGCAUUGAGAAGUUGAUUGAGAGGGACUACAUGGAACGUGGCGAGGGCAAAAUCUACAAGUACGUGGCAUAA